GGUAACCGUGGCAACGCCCAUCCUUCCCAUGGAUGUUACGGGACCCUCAUGGCCAAAAAAAGAGGACGGCGAGGAAGAGGAUGAGAGUGAGGAAGACGACUGGGAAGAUGUUGAAGAGCUGUCUGGGCCCCUGGGCCCCGCGCCCCCUGCUGAGCCCUCUCUGCCCACUCAGGCCGUGGAGAUCGAGAUCGAGACUCCGGAGUUGAUCCGCAUGAGGCAGAAAAAAGAGAAGAGGAAAGCAGAAUUUGAGCAGUAUCUUAAGCGGAUGGUUAAUCGCUUAAACAAGGAUCUGCUGGAGGAUACACACAAGGUCCACCUGAUGUGCCUGAUAGCCAAUGGGAUGUUCCGGAACCGUCUGUGCAGCGAACCGGAUCUGCUGGCCAUCACGUUGUCCCUCCUACCCCCCCACUUCAUGAUGGUGGCCAAGGAACGCAUUGACCACAACUACCUCUCGGGACUGCUGAAAUGGUUUGGGGCCACCUUCACCUUGAACCCCAGCCUCCCCCACGUGGACCUCACCGACCCCCGGGGGCUCCUGGAGAGGCGCCUGGCCAGCCUGUCGGCCCGGGACCACCAGGAGAUGACCCAUCUGCUCCUUUUGGUGCUGAGGUCUCUGAAUCUCUUCUGCCGAUUGGUCCUUUCUCUGCAGCCCAUUUCCUUCAAACCCCCUCGAGUCAAGGGCAAAGGGUCAGAGAGCAGUGGUGGCCUUACCCCGGGGAAAAGCCCCGGCAGUGGGAAGUCCCCCAAGGGAAGCCCCCUGGACUCCAAGAUCUCCCCUGGAAACAAGAGGCCCGCCCUGGUCUCCGCUGCCGCCGCUGGGAAGGGCAGGGGAGCCAGCGGCGGGAAGCGGGCCAAGCAGGAAGAGGAAGACGGGGAGGAGAAGGAGGAGGAGGAGGUGGAGGAAGAGAAGCCAGAGGUGAAGAGCGGGAGAAAGGGGGGAGGCCAGAGGCCGAAGAACGCCAAGCGGCGCAGCGUGGCGUCCAAGGUGAGCUACAAGGAGGAGAGCGGCAGUGGGGAGGACGCGCUCAGCGACGGGGAGGAGGAGGAGGAGGAGUUUCAGGCGACCGGCGAGGAGGACAGCGAUGAGGAGGAGGUGGAAGGGGGCAGGGCCAAACACGGGAAGGGGAGGAGCCACGGGAAAAGGAAACACAGCAGCGGCGACUCUGGGAGAAAGAGGAACAGCAGCAGCAGCGGCGGCGGCGGGAAAAGGCGUGAGAAAAUCAACAACAACGAUGAAGACGACGAGGAAGACCACGACGACGGCAAUGUGGACAAAGUUGGAGGAGGAGAGGGUACCAUGGGCAAGCGGAGGAGCGGCGGCGGCGGCGGCGGCGGCGGGAGGAAAAAGAAGGACGGGCCCGGCGCCGACGAGUGGCUGGAGGUGUUCGUGGAGAAGACGUCGGCGUGGCUGUGCGUGGACGCGGAACACGGCGUGGACCGCCCGCAGCUCUGCUGGCGGAACGCCACGCAGCCCAUGGCCUACGUGGUGGCGGUGGACGGCGACGGCCGCCUGAAGGACCUGGGCAGGAAGUACGACCCCACCUGGAUGACCUCGUCACGAAAGCGCCGCGUGGACGAUGAGUGGUGGGGCGAGACGCUGACGCCCUUCCUCCCUUGGGAGGGGGAGCGGGACGACAAGGAGGAGAAGGAGCUCCAAGCCAAGUUGCUGGACAGGCCGAUGCCCACCUCCAUAGCGGAGCUGAAGAACCACCCUAUGUACGCUCUGACCAGACACCUGCUCAAGUACGAGGCUCUCUACCCCCGCACGGCGGCCGUGCUGGGGUACUGCAGGGGGGAGCCCGUAUACUCCAGGGACUGUGUUCACCAGCUGCACUCAAAAGAAACCUGGCUGAAGGAGGCCCGCACUGUGCGAAUAGGAGAAGAGCCAUUCAAGAUGGUGAAGGGCUUCUCCAACCGCUCCCGUAAGGCGCGUAUGAUGGUGGAGCAGAAGGAAGAGAAGGACCUGGCUCUGUAUGGGGAGUGGCAGACGGAGGAGUACCAGCCCCCCAUCGCUGUGGAGGGCAAGGUUCCCCGUAACGAGUACGGGAACGUGUACCUGUUCAAGCCCUGCAUGCUGCCCGUGGGCUGUGUCCACCUGCGUCUGCCCACCCUGAACCGCGUGGCCCGCAAGCUGGACAUGGACGCCGCCCCCGCCGUCACGGGCUUCGACUUCCAUGGAGGAUACUCGCAUGCUGUGACCGACGGCUACAUUGUGUGUGAGGAGCACGAAGAGAUUCUCAGAGCAGCCUGGGAGGAAGAUCAAGCGCUCCAGAAACAGAAGGAGAUUGAGAAGCGAGAGAAGCGGGCCACCACCAACUGGAAGCUACUGGUGAAGGGCCUUCUGAUCAGGGAGAGGCUCCAGCUACGAUACGGCAAGAAGAGCCAAGGCCUCGGAGGAGCCGGGGGCUCGAGUCAGAGUCAUGGCCAGGACGGAGAGGGGGUGGACGGGCUAUCGGCCGACGAGGAGGAGUUGGAGGGUGGGGUCCCGGUCGAGGACCCUGGAGACAAGACACCAGCCGAAAUGCUGGCCAAGGCCUGGCCCCAGAACAGACAGGAUGAGGGAGAAGAGGAGGGAGGGGGGAAGAGCAGGCCGAAGAGGAAGAUAACACAGCGUGAGCGGAAAUGCCAGGAGAAAACCAUGUUUCCCUUUGAGAAGGCGUGAUAAAAAAAAUAACUGAAUAUUGGCAGUACCAAAAGAAAUGACCUCACACUACAAAGCUAAGCUGUGCAGCCCCUGCUCUCUCUUCAGAAGGUUGUUCAGGCAGGCCUCGGGGAAAGAGGGGAGUGAAAACAAAUAAAUACAAGUGCUUGUUUAACCGUUCCACUCAGAUCAAGUGUUAGAUUGGAGUGUGGCGGCUAUAGCAUUAAUUGUCUGAGAAGGGGAGUUGAUGAUACGCUCCAGUCGAUGGAAGACCUAAUGAGACUUUGGUGCCAGUCCAAAGACCCGCCGUGAGAGAGCAGUAUCAUCCAGAGAAACAGUAUCCUGACUUGGACCGAAGAACAUGCCUGGCAACUGUUUUUUUUCCACACAGGAAGUCAGGAUUUCUAUUUAUUUGUAUUUGUUACCUAGGGGGGUGGUUCUGCUUGUACAUUACCCACUACACGGCCAUACUGUCAUGCAUACACUAUAUAUAUAUAUAUAUAUAUAUAUAUAUAUAUAUCGCCUUACAGAUAGACACACUCAUACAUUUCUGACACCCCGUUCCCACUGAAGGCAGGGUAUCAUUACCCUCUGACAUGCAGUAGUUUCCCACCUUCCAACCAGGUUCUGCCCCAAGUAUCAAAGGAAUGACGAUCCUCUUCAUACAAGUUAAUUCAUCUUACUAUAAAAUGAUCAAUAGAUUUCACUGUUUAGGUCCGUUUGUCGUCACGCAUUGUUUGUUUCAAACUUCUUUGUUAUCCUCUAUGUUGGUGUUUGGAAAAUGUUUGGAUUAAUGUAAUGUUUUUGUAUCAAAGUAUUUUUCUAAGACAUUUUGGAAUGCAAGUAAAAAUGAAAAGGCU